GCAACAACGGUUCCCAGAGGGAGAGAGCAUGGCCGAGGCAGUUUGGGGGAGGAACCGGGAGGGGGCGCGGGGCUCGUGGAUCUCGGGACGCCAGCUUUUCUCUCUUAUUUAAUAAAACCUAUGGCGUGGUGAAGGAAGAGCCCCUUCCCCCCCACCCACUCCCAAUGUUGCUGAGGGGAGGAAGGCCGAGAUAACGUUCAGUUUUCGAAGGGGACCCAUGAGGAGAAUUCCUAAAAGAUGGGUGCAUAAAACCACCGCGGCAUUAAUACCGUAGAAGAACAUGAGGAGCUACCUAAUAUUGGGCCAGAAUAUUGGUUUAUUUAUCUAAGGCUAGUAUUGGCCUUUCUGAUUGGCAGCCGAGAUGUCAGUGGAGACCUCUUCCAGACUGGGUUUUUGGCAGGGUAUAAAAGGGAUGGAUGACAGCAGCUGCAUGGGCAUCCCUAUCUGAGGAGAUAGUGAGGGGACAGGUUCUUUCUUGCCUUAAUUCUGGAGGGCAUGGUGGCUGAGGCUGGAACAACUGGAAGAAGACCCUGUAUGGAUAGUUUAAAUCCAGAACAAUUAAGCUUAUUUGCGUUUGCCUUUGAAAACUACUCCAUGGACAGAUUUAAGUUCGAAGACAAGAUCUGAGGAGUCAGCCAGGAUAUGAUAAUGGGACAUUGUGCCUUGUGCACUCAACAGUACACGUACUAUAGAAUGGACAUCUACGUUAUGAGAUGGAAAAAUCUUUAAGAACCUUAAAGACUUGAAGGGAAUUAUCUUGGGAUCAGAAAAUCAAGUCACAAACCCUGAAGUAGUGGCUAGGAUUACACAAAUACUUUUUAAUAUUUCCGGCAUAAGAAGAUCUAUCUAGGCAGUUAAAGAAACACCACUCAUUUUGCUCCACCUGUUUACACUGAUUCUUCAAGAAGCAGCUUGGAAGGGGGAGGGGGGUGCCAAGAGGCCCCCCUCCCCCAAGAGAGGGUUUUGGGUUCUCCAGCCUACAUCUAUGGAACAAGGAUGUUUACCAGGUUGAUGGUGGCCACUUGAAGCUCAUCCAGGGGUGGACAUAAGAGGAGAGGGUGCGGCCUAUGCCUGUGAAGGAUGCUGAAGAAAAAUAGCCUGAUUGUCUGGGGUCUGGUGCUUUUUGUGGCCUGGAACGCCCUGAUCCUUUUCUUCCUGUGGACUCGGCCACAGUCUUUAUCGGACCAUAGCCGCUUAACUGAAGAGGUGAUCCGACUGGCCCAGGAUGCCGAGGUGGAAUUAGAGCGCCAAAAGGAUCUCUUACAUCAGAUCUACCGCUAUAGUUCACUCUGGAACAAACGGAAGGCCAAAACCCUCCACCUGCCAGCUGCAGUGUCGGUCCAGCCUCCCACAGCUGCGCUCUCGCCCCAUCGCAGUCAGAUAUCGCCCGAUGCUGUUUUGCCUGUGGUGGUGAUUGCCUGUGACCGCAGCACAGUCCGCCGUUGUCUAGAUAAACUAUUGCAUUACCGUCCCUCAAAGGAGCGAUUCCCCAUCAUUGUAAGCCAGGACUGCGGACAUGAGGAAACCGCUAGAGUCAUUGCCUCCUAUGGAGAUUCUAUCGUGCACAUCAAGCAGCCCAAUUUAAGUGACAUCCCUGUGCCUACUGACCAUCGCAAGUUUCAGGGAUACUACAAAAUUGCUCGACACUAUCGCUGGGCCUUGAGCCAAGUUUUCCGGACUUUCAAAUACCAAGCAGCCAUUGUAGUGGAAGACGACUUGGAAGUCGCUCCCGAUUUCUUUGAAUAUUUUCAAGCGAGUUUCCCACUUCUACUGGAUGACCCAACUCUUUGGUGUGUCUCUGCCUGGAACGAUAAUGGCAAGGAACAGAUGGUGGACGUUGCCCAUCCCGAACUUCUCUAUCGUACUGAUUUUUUCCCUGGUCUGGGCUGGCUUCUGCUCUCUGACUUGUGGGGCGAACUGGAACCCAAGUGGCCCAAGGCUUUCUGGGACGACUGGAUGCGACAGCCUGAACAGCGGCAGGGCCGUUCGUGCAUCAGGCCUGAAGUGUCACGCACAAUGACUUUUGGCCGUAAAGGUGUGAGCCACGGUCAGUUCUUUGACCAAUAUCUGAAGUUCAUCAAGCUCAAUGACCGUUUUGUGCCUUUCACCCAGAUGGACCUUUCUUACCUCAAGAAGAAUAAUUACGAGCACUCAUUCUUGGCCCAGGUCUACGAGGCCCCUGAACUGCGCGUGGAAGAACUACAGGGGAACCAGCACCGGGAGUUGGGUACUGUCCGAGUGCAGUACACCACCCGUGACUCUUUCAAGGCCUUUGCAAAAGCCUUGGGGGUUAUGGAUGACCUCAAAUCAGGAGUGCCCCGUGCUGGGUAUCAGGGCAUUGUCAGCUUCCUUUACCGAGGCCGCCGUAUUUACCUGGCUCCACCUCCUGACUGGACAGGCUAUGACCCCAGCUGGAGUUAGCAGCUGAUGAUUUCUGAGCAUGUUGGACCCCAUCGGGGGGGAAAGGGUGCUUGGGGGGAGGGGUGGCGGGUGGCGGGGCAAAAUGCUGUAUUUUCUUCUCCUGUGUGGCAUUCAAGGUGCAUUCCAGGAAUGAGGAUUGUUUUGUGCACUUAAUUUGGGGGAGGAGUUAAUGGCAGGAGGGAUGGGUUACGGGGUGGGGUGGGGCAUCCCAAAGCCCCAACAUGGUAGGUGAGGAGGAGCAUUCCGGGUUCUCUGUUCCCUCCCCAGUGCCUGCCUGCCUUCUUGACAUUGCUGCCUGUCCGCUGAUUAGAUCUUUGGUGGCUUGUCCAAAUGGGUGCAUUUUGAGAAUGCUAAACCAAAGGAGCGACCCACUGAAGUUUUCCCAGUUUCGUUGAGAUACAGCAGGCCAGAGCAACUUGUGAUCUCAUGAGGCAGAUGUAGUAGCUCCUCAGUCAGGUAGUAGUAGCCACAGACUUCGUACAUAUCUUUAGAUUCUAGCCAAGCAAAAUGGGGAGGCUGGUUAAGUUGCCGAGAAACUAUGAUUCAAAACCGGCACGCUGCGUUCAACUCACAGGUAAGCUGCAGGGAGAACAUAACAGGUUUUUUUUUUCUCAGCUCUUGGCUGCUGCUUCACGUCUCACCUGGGCACCUGUAAGGUUUGGAAAGCAGGAAGCUCUUUUGGAUGACCAUUGAACCCUGAAAAGGACCAUCUUUAUUGACCAUAUUGGCCAUUUUUAUGUUGAUCUCUUAGAUAUCCAGAUUCUUUAACCCUAUUGAAUGGGACAGUGGAGAUAGAAUGUGCACAAAUGACAAACUUAAUAGGAUUGUCACUCAGAUGAGAUGGAAAGGAAGACCAGAGCCUCUUUUAUUGCUUUUACUUGGGCAUUAGGACAGAGUAGUCAGAGAGCAUGACCACGUGCUACCUUUUUAUAGCUCCAUGCUGGGACCUCUUUAGCUUAAAUAAAGUUUUGGAUGGAGGUGGGCAUUUUCUUCUCCUCCUCUUAAGACCUGGUUGUGAGAUACCUGAAAGGUACUGACUUUGCAGCCUUCUAGCCAGUGUGCCUGCUGUCAAAUGGUCCUUUCUCUAAGCCACAAUGUGAAAUGUUGGGCUGCAAGUGGGCCAUUCAGUUUGAAAAUGGCACUGGGGGAGGAGGAAGGCCCAAGGCGACGCAUUCAUGAUGCACGAGGGAGCAUUCAGGCCUUUCAGCCUCCACUUGUAAUCUGAAAUGAUAGAGGCUUCUGGUAGAUCUGUUUUAAGGGAAGCUGACCGAUGGCUUGAUGUCGGUGCCAUGUUCUCUUCCCAGGUUUAUGAGGAGAACUUGCCCAAGGCUGCCUUAAUUUCCCUGGUGUAGGAAUUCCAUCCAGAUCUACGGCAGACUGUGCUGGUGGCUCUGUUGCAUUUUUAAUUGCUGUUUUCUUUUCUGAAUGGCCAUAUUGGAAUUGAUCACUGCUACCUAUUUAGAACACCGUGGGCCCUGAGUGGAGGGAGGAGACUCCUUGAGGCCUCGGAGCAUCUCGUGAAAGGACUUCUUCAAACAAGGAGUCCCAGCCUUAUUCCGUGGGGCAGAGUCCAAUCUUCCCCAUUCUUGCCUUCGGGAGUUGCCCUUGAGCUUCUCCCGAUGCCACUUUAUGAGGCAGGCAUGAGGAAGGGACUUCGGACCUCCUUUGCCCAAAAUUUAGACCACACCAAAGGGUAUUGCAUUAUUUGAAUGCUUAUUGCUAUUUUCUCUCUUCUGUUUUUUAAUCAUGUGUAAGACCCCCUCCGUGAUGAAUGGAGGAAGGAAGAUUGUGUUUUGGCAUAUUCCACUUCAGUCAGGAGGGGAGGUUUUCCCUUGGGCAGAUCAGGGGACGGUGCCUUGGGGAGACUGCUUUGAGUGGUUUGAUGCAUCUGCUUACGUCCUGAGAUUUUUUUCCUUUUGAAAAAAAAGAAAGAAACUAAUGCUGCAGAGGAAGAGGCUCUCUGAACAAUAAAAAAGACCUACUGUGAUCUGCAUCUGGAAUGUUGAUAAUUUGGACAUGUUCAUAUACGUUGAUUUCACUUUAACUCUCUGCAAGAGACUACCGUUUUAACGAUUUUCUAGGUCAGACUUCCAUUUGAAAAGAAAUAUGUAAAGUAGGGCAGAAAUGUGUAUAGAACAUGAGUGGAAAUGUCUCCAUGGCGAACUAAGAUCUUUCGGCAUGAUGUUACUCACCUUUAACAACUUCCGGACUAUACAUGCGGAAAUGUAAUCCAUUUACAGUGUGGUCCCCAUCAGAACCCUUGUACACUACCUUAUCCGGAUGUGGAGGGUGUGUGUGGAGGAGAGGUUUGUAAUGGAAAAUUGGGUAUAUUUUUUUGGCAGGUUAUUUUAAUCCCUACUUUCAAGGUUUGCUGGAUCCCGGGUGAAAAAUUGCCAUUUUUAAAACUAGGAAUAGCAAGAGAGCUGUUCUUACUUUUAGUAUUAUGCUCUGGGACUCAGCCUCGAUGUCUCAGUUUGCAAGUUAUAUUGCCAUCUCCUUUCAGUAGAAGGCAGCUCCUGAACUUACGGAGGAAGGGAAAGGAAAAUGGAAAUAUCUUUUCGAGUUCCUUCCUCCUUUCACUUCUGUCUUCUGGUGCUCAGUCAGCCAAUCAGUCAAUCAGUCAACCAGGGAAAUGAAAAUAGGAGGAUAGAGAUAGUACAUCAUGUGUUUUUUUUUUCUGAAUCCUCAGUUCUGUGUAACUUAAUCCACACCAUCUGCAGCCCAAACUCUCUCCUUUGGCUUACCGUCUGUGUUCGUGUUUUGUCCUAAGUCAACAAUGAAAUGAUCAUAUUUUCCAUUCCAGUUUGUGAUUUUGGUGAAACAAUUAGAAGAUGCUCAGUGGAGAUCCCAGCAGAAAGGAAAACCCACCAGCAGCUGCCAUUUUUCUCCCUUUCUGUCCUGAGCUGCCUUCUGUUCCUGGAAAUAUCUCUGCU